AUGUGGAAACCUCCAGAACACUCGCACAGAUCGUCUAGAUCUGAAUUAGGGCUUCGGACAGCAAGGGAACAUCGCUCUACAACGUCCAAACAGGUGCCGUCAACAAGCACUGCCUUGGAUACCCUUCAGCCCACUGCUCGACACCCUCUUACCUCUCCUAAUCACUCCAUCGACCUCAGCAACAGUACUAAUGCUGCCAGGUUGCCCGACUCAACAACUUUGUCGCCGAGAACCCAUCAAGACGCUUGCAAAUGUGGUCUGAUGACCAAGUACUCCAAAGCUACCCCUUCCACUUCCUCAUCAGCUCAGCCCCGGUCGACAACGCCCCCUAGACCAAAGCACCAAUCGCGCUACUCAUCAGACAUGAAUGACGAUUGUAUACACUUAGAUGCUGCUCUUAGGAUGUACUUAGAUACGAAUAAUAAUCAUGCGAACAACACUGAGACUACGUCUAACUCAAGCCGACGCUCCCAACAGAGCUCUCAAUGCCGGAGCAUUAGUAACAAACGCUCCCAGCACGAGAACAACAGCCUCACGGUCUCGGAUACGCACAACGUAGUAGUGGUUAACAAGGAUAUAUUUCGUCGAGCACAGGAUGGUAGCAUACAUACAUCUAAGGAACGGUACAGAGAGCGCGACGCACCUUUCGACCCAAACCAUCGUCGCAAGGAAGCUAUCUCAUCGACUCCAUCGACUCAUGAGGCCCGCACGGCUACGGCGCAGCAUGAAUGCGUUGAAAGCUAUAUGGACAACCAUCACAAACGUUCAUAUCAACAAUUAAGCUCUAAACAAUCAUUGCCGAACAAUAUUUACUCACCGUCAACUGAGAGAACGUCGCCGUGCAUCCCACGCGACCCAUCGUAUACUGCAAGUGACCCAUCGUACGCCCUAAGCGAUCCGCCGUACAGCUUGAUCAACUACAACAGUGAGGACCCAGUCGACCCUUUGAAUCAUAGCAUCAGCUAUGAUACAUCGCUGGAUAACCACUUGGUCAACAACAUGGAUAACGGCUACAAAGCCUCAGGCAGUCAACUAAGCUUCGAGCCUGAUACAGAGUCUAAGUACUUACCUGCAACGGUAAGACAGCUAGAUGAGGGGCAUGCUAAGCUUAAGACUCGUCGAAGCCAGGCAACGGUUAGCUCUCAACGCUCGCCAAACCAGGCUAUAUCAUACGACUGCCAUAACAAAUCAGUUGCAGAGAGUCCAGAUUUAAGCAAGUACUUGCCAACAAUUGCAGUGCAGCUAGACGAAUGGCUGGUACAGCCUAGAACAUGGCAGCACGAGGAGACUACUAGCUCCCAACACUCGCCAGAACAGGUUGCACUGCACAAUAGCCGUAGUUCAUCGGCAACUAGCAGUCCAGAACUAAGGAAGUACUUACCGUAUUUGCCUGAUACCCCCGCGUACGCGAUUACAGAUAAGGAAAUAGCAGACUACUCGUUUCAGCCUGCUAGUGCCGGACUUAUCUCUGAGACCCGAUUGGACCCGGAAAUUAGCCGAGCCAGAAGAACACUUCGGCGGUUGGCACGCAACUUAUAUAAUCUACUCAUGCCGACUCAGCAAGACAGUUACACUCCGAACCAAUCAUGUGAAACAUGGGCUGCGCAUUUAUUUGAGUUACUAGAUAUAGUUACUACAUUCAGACCGACUUGCGUCAUCACUAACAAGUUAAUUCCUGCCCAAGACAUACACUACUGGCCCGAAUAUGGUGAACUUCAUAUUGCCUAUAAUAGUCUAGUUGCUAAGACCAUUCGGAAAUCAAAUGAAUUGGACUUACUGCUUCUAACACCAGAAUGGCCGGCAUCCAAAUGCUUGUUCGACGCAUGCGCGUUCGAAGUAGCUGCUGUUAGCUUUAGGGAUCAAAUGGAACGAUCGAUCCAAAGGUUGCACAACAUACUUACUAAGUCUAUAACAGUUCAAGACUUGCCUCAUAAGUCAUCGACUAAUCAUUUACCCGCAACAAAUCAUCCACAAGGUGAUCCACGUAAGCAUAGCUCACAAAUGAAUAUGAACUCCCUACUGGAUUUGUUACCUAACGAGGCUAAGAACCAACAUGAGUUAUCACAUGAUAAGUUGCCAACUCAAACAACACUAAUCGAAUCGCCUACCAUGUCAUCUACAUGCAAUGAUGAUUACAGAGUGACCAAAGUGUUUCAGUCAUCAGCUAAGCUUCGACUGCCCCAUUCAGAACCAAUGGAACAUCUAAAUCGGCAUACAAGUCCUAGAGCAAGCAUUGAGUACAUGUAUGCGUCAGCAGGAAGUACCAUUAGCAACCUUGAAACGGUUAAGGGUACUCAGCCUAAUCAUAUGACAAUGAGCUCAAGCUCCUACUCAUCACUCAACGAUUCUCAGCCGUCCACCCCUCUCGACUUGGAAGUAGUAUCCGUAUCGACACCUACGUUUACUCUAGAGUGUGACAAUAGCCCAGCAUUGCCCGUCUGGAAGUCUGUUGACAAAUCAAUACCCAUUGUUGAUGAGAUACCAGUAGAAGCCGUAAAGGGUAUUGCAUCUAAUGAACAGCUAAGCGAUCUAUUGGUCAACAAGAUAGCUCAGCCUUUAGUUACAAUCAAAAAACGCAAUGGUAUUACAUCAAGAAAGGAGAGCUUAGCCAAACCUGUUAAGCAAUCAGACAAUGAGUCAAUGCAGAUGAUGCGCGACCAGUUCAGAAGUACUACACCACUGCUAGAUGAAGCAUUGUGUGAUCUGGUACACAUAAACAGCCGUCACUCUGUUGGUAACCUUAGUCAAUUGCAUGCAUUGGUUACAACUAGUACUGCAAAUGGAAUCACUAAGCAUACAGGAACGCCGUCUAACCUUACUAGUCAUGGUCCUACUAGCACAGAUACUCACAUAUCUAAUACACAUGAUAAGCGGACUAUAAUUAAUGAGUUAAACUAUAAGGAAGCAACUCCUAAGCCAAUUAGCGGAUUGUUGACUUCGCAAGCUAGUCAUUCACCGGACGAAUUCCAUGUGGCGACUAUUCCGUCUUCAUCUAUGAUAACCAAACAAGCAAUCGACGCUUCGCAUAAUGAUGUGCUACACACCUCAAGCAGUAUUAGGCGAACAAAGGAAGAAUAUUUAGCUAGUCGCUUACCUAGACAGUCGCAAUCUAAGCCAUGCUUAAACCAAGACCUAUUGACUAACGCUGAAACAGUUUCAACUCUCAUCUCUAUUCAUAGAGAAUCACAGCUGAAGCCGAAUCCUAUGAUUAGCCUAGACCCCUUGUCUAAUUCGUGCGAGGAUACCAAUAUAGGUUACUUAAGUAAAGUGUCAGCUAGCGUCGAACCCAAGGCAUUAGACAAAGGUCUAUUGGCUCAUGAAUUGCCGGAUAAGGAACAAUCCCUGAUCACUACUCAGCAACGCUUACUUGAAUUUGCGCCCAAAUCUUUGGUCACAAACUUCCUGCUCAACGCCUCAGAGAACUCAGCCAAUGCAUUAGUCAAGAUACAUGCAUUGAACAUAAGAAGCAAACCCGCUCAACUUUCUCCAAAGGCAACGCAAUUGAUUCAAGGGUCCCUGGACCAAUUGUACUCAACAGUCGACGCUAUGCUGCCACAGAUCAGUAGUAAUACUAUUGGCACUCACCUGAAUACAGCAGAACAGCUUAUUCUUGAGUCGGCUCUACCCUCGCUAUCGAUUAGUCAAACAGAUUGCACGGUAACAAGCAAUAGUAACAACUUGGUCAAGAUUCCUUCAAGUCCUAAACCACUAAUAGACUCGAAGCCUUUGAUUAGUCAAGAUACUUUGUCAGUCUCUUACGGAAACCUAAGUGUCGAAUAUCUAGAUAGCUUAGAGCAAUCUUCGGAAGCUUAUAAGCCACAUUCAAAUGCAAUUGCGCCGCAAGGUUUGGCCGAACAAUCAGUACUUAGUACCUUAGAAGGAUCAAGUAUUGGUAUUACUUCGGACCUAUAUACAAAUACUAAGGAAGAAGCUACUUCUAAGACUAACGCGCCGUACACACCACUUAGUCAGCAAGAGCAUGGUGAGACGGCAACAAGUAUUUGCAGCAAAACAUCGGGAAAUUGUCCAGAUUUUCAACCACUGGAAGUCGAUUUAUCGCCAGAUAUGCAGGACUGGCUAGUUGAAACUAUCCGUGAAAUUCAGCAAAUAAUGGAUAUAUACGCCGAUUCUACCGACUCGCAUAUAUCUACUGUCGAUUCAGCUGCUAUUAAGAUUGAACGUGAUUUAGCUUUAGACUCGACUAGACCGCCCGGUCCGGAACAUCCAGUAUCGACGAUAUUGCCUGACGAAUCAAGCAAGUCGGCCCAGCAAAUACCUAAGCUUAGCGCUUCAAUGAAGAGUUCGGAAUCUUCGUCUCUGUGUAACAACAGUCACACGACUAGACUUGUCAAUGAUCUAUUACUACCAGCGCAAUCAUCCGUAAGGAUCUUUGAGUCUGAAGCAAGCAAACAAUCUUUAUUGGUGGAUAAAAUUGACAUGGGCAAGAACGACACUAUUCAGAGCGCGCUACAAGCGACACCGUCACGUGAUCCUUACUCAGCAUUGUCUGAAACAAUUUGUGGCUCUGAAUCGACUGAAACAAGUGCAGCCGACUAUGCUACCACUAACACUAGUAUAUUCAAGGACGUUUCAAUCAAUAGUGUAGAAGGAAGCGUGACUAUUAGUUCAAUUGAUUCAUCGGCAUCAUCUGUAAGUACAAUCAAUAUCGAACCAUCGACGCAAGUCUUGAGCGAGCCUCCGGAGAGCUUGCAUUAUCAAAUAAAACAUAAGACACUUACGCCAAGCUUCGAUACCCAGUGUAUCAGCUCUGAGUUACGAAAUGAACACAUCGGUUUGCACUCCGAGCAGCUAAGGAAUUUGAUCAGCGAGCAGACGCUAGUACAUAUCAGUGGAGAACCAAACAGUGCUCAUACGAGCUUACCUAUUAUACUUGCAAACACGGAAGGUCCUAACUCGUUUCAUGAAUACGACUCAUCGGGUACACCGGUAGUAUUAGUCCCGAGCAUUAGCGUUGCUGCGAACGCCGCAUUUGAAUCUCUAGCGCCGUCGGAAAUUAGAAAUCUAAGUCCCGACUACCAGCCUAUGGCCCUAUGCAUAAGCGCCGAGUCAAGCGCCGAGUCAAGCGCCGUUGACACUGAGCUCCGAAUCGUAUUACCUGAGAAAUCAGCUAAUGACAAACCAGUUAUUAGUCAAGCAGAGUUAGUUUCAGAUCUUGGAAUUAAUUGUCUAGUACCAGAAGAGCCGACUACACCAAGCAGAGGUGAUAAUAUCGAUCAAAUAAGUAUUCAUUCAUCAAUAUCUACUGACGAAGGACUCCGGUCGCCGGUAAUUAAUACAAGGAGUCCAAACGGUUUAACAAUAUCGGAUGUAAGAGUCGAAACUCCUAUGUCGCAAGAUCCCGAACUACCUUCGACACUUAUAUCAGGGAUGUCAAGCUCGAUAACGCAUUCGUUCACCAAGCCGACCGAUCAUGAAUACUUGCUACCGCCUGAUAAGCUUACGCCAUAUGGUUUGGUUACAAGUGAAGUAUCCAAUCCAGGAGACAGGAGUAACAACGACACGUUAGCUUCGACACCAAUGAGAGAGCAUCUAUACCAAUACGAACUUUUAGAAGAUCAGUUGGAUAUAUUGACAACCCUCUCGUACAAGUACAAUCAGGAAGCGGAACGUAAACACUCGACUUACAAGCCGGAAGCUAUCGAGCCCGACAAACCAGAUAUUAAUCUUUGUAUUAGCUCACUAAAUACACAAGCAUCUGGCACAGCGGAGGAACAGGCACUGCAGAAUAUAACCGGUCCGUCGUACCAAGACAACUUUACCUUUACAGUUAGGAGCGCCGCAGCACGAACAUCACGGCUGUCUCGAUCGCCUGUAAGGUCCAGCUCAAGACGAAGUACUAACCAAGCAUUCGGCACUGCGAAGAAUUUAAGGUCGAAUAGAGUCAGUAGUUCAACCGCGUCUAAGGCACGACGAAAUAGGAAUACAUUACCUACUCACGUAAGGAGCCGAUUAGCCAGCUCGCGCAGAUUCAGCGAAUCGUCUCAGGAUGAAACGUCGCAAGCUUCCGUUAGCAGUCAAUAUAGUCAUAAAUGCGACCGAGGAGACUCGCCUUGUGCCCAUGAAUCAAAUCAGAGCUCCAACAAAGACCAACAUCCUCAACAAAGGACAAGGAACGAUCCUCCGGAUCCACCUGACGAAUCAGGAGAUGAGUAUAGUGACGUACCUAUAAGGAACCCUAUACGCGCACGAUCUUUCAGACCUAAGCCCGUGCACUUUGAUCCUAAACUUGAGCCGGAUAACAUUCCAGAAUGGAAUGGCGAUACCAGCAAAUUACCCAGAUGGAUCAUAUCCAUCAAUAAUUUAGCUGAAUACGGUAUCUAUGCACGCAUACAGUUAGGACGACAAGUGCCAUCGAGACUCACGGGUCGAGCGCUAAGAUGGUUUAAUGCACUAGAUAAGACUUAUCGACGAAUCAUCACCGCCGAUUGGCCAAGUUUAAGACGCGCAAUAACAAUACACUUCAUGAAUCAAUCGCUGAUAGACAGAAAUAAGGCCGAAGCUCUUCAAGCCGGAUUCAGAGACAGAGAUAACCCGUAUGAAACACCGGUAGACUACAUUGUUCGGAAGGCCGAAACGCUUACUCUAUUUAGCGAUUGGACCGAAUCUGAACUAAUUACGGAGAUCAUGAACAGCGCUCCUGAACAUUGGUCAUUGUAUAUAGAUACAUCUGUAGGAACUACAUGGGACGACUUCUUGGACAAAGUUGCAUGGCAUGAAGACCGCUUGCUGAGACAUGAUAAUAAUAUAUCUCAGGACAUACAGAAGCAGCUCGACGAAAUGAAAGAAAUUCUGAAAAAUAUCGAAAUUCAACCGGAUUCCAACGUCAAGACGAAUCGCUCCAGUCAAGGGGAUUACAAAGAGUUAAGCGACAACAAGAAUACGAGUGACAACGAGUCUGAAAUCAACGAAAAAGCCUCUACUCAAGACUCCUACCAAACCCUUCGAUCCUUCACAGCGUUAGUGCGCCCAUGCACUCCCGAGCCAAUACCAGCUAGAAAGUCAAUCGAAGAAGACGUUAGUAGUCGACAGAGUUUGGACUGGAAGUCCAGCCAGGAGCAAUUAACAAUAGAAUUAGCUAAACUGAAUGAGCAAUUGAAUGAGCUAUUAACACCGCAAACGUUGCCUGCUAGUACGCACACGAACAAACCAAGACAAACAGCGUAUAGGACAGGGAAAUAUUGCCCGGCAAGUUUUCAAAGGUUUAGGUGGUUCAAGGGGAAUCAACACUUCCUUCUGAAUUCAGUCCUUUCCACGUCCAAGCAAAGAGACAACGUGCCUGGGGGGGAUACAAGGGAUAGAAAAUUCGACACAGAAAAAAUUGGAUUAGAAAAGCGAAGUCUUAAGCAACAACCAGAAAGACUUAAGAGUUUGAGAGCCAAAAAAUCCCAGAACUAUCAUCACUGGUCAGAGAACACUCAAAAGACAGCCAAGUAUAUCGCCGCAAAGCACAUUGCUCAUGCUUGGACAAAGGAAUCGCAUUUAACUACACAGAUUAAAGCAACUAAGCCAAUUGAUUGCACCAAAGCUAGAUCUCAAUGGCUUACUACCUUAGAUGCGCUAGCUGGUUUCACUCAGCUAACCAUUAAGGAGGAAAACAGAGAGAAACUUGCUUUCAGAUGUCACAACGGCCAUUGGCAACCUACCAAACUACUCUUUGGAUAUAGGAAUGGACCAGCAGAGUUCCAGCGUGUCAUGAAUAGGAUACUUUCAAGAUUUCUAUGGCAAUUUGCCCUAGUAUAUAUUGAUGACAUAGUGAUCUAUAGUGUUAAGUUUGAAGACCAUUGCAAUCACUUAGAUCAAGUCUUAGGAGCUAUUGAAGAAGCUGAAAUCACCCUAUCUCCAAAGAAAUGUCACAUUGGAUACCAAUCACUACUAUUGCUAGGACAGAAGGUAUCAAGAUUAGGUCUAUCAACCCACAAGGAAAAAGUUGAUGCUAUCUUAGAGUUGGAACCCCCUAAAAAUGUUCCUACCUUACAGACUUUCCUAGGGAUGAUGACUUAUUUCUCUAGCUAUAUUCCCUUCUACUCAUGGAUUGUAGCGCCUUUGUUCAAGCUUCUCAAGAAAGGAACAGCUUGGUCUUGGGAGGAAAAGGAACAACAAGCGUUUGAACUUGCUAAAGAGGCCCUUGCAUCUGCUCCAGUAAUGGCUUAUCCUAUUAUUGGAAAACCAUACAGAUUAUAUACAGAUGCAUGCAACUAUGGCCUUGGAGGAAUAUUACAGCAAGUCCAAUCCAUCAAGAUAAAAGACCUAAAGGGGACAAAGGCAUACAAGUACUUAAGGGGGGAAUAUGACAAAGGAAACCCAGUUCCCAGAAUGACAAUUCCUGCUUCCAAGCAGAGAGACAACGUGACUGGGGGGGAUACAUGGGAUAAGCAAGACUUUGAAGAAACAACUGUACAAGUGGAGCGAGUCAUUGCUUAUUGGUCAAGGAUUCUAAAAGAAGCAGAAAGAAACUACUCCCCAACAGAGCGCAAAGCAUUAGCCCUCAAGGAAGCACUUGUGAAAUUUCAGGUAUACUUGGAAGGAGCUGAAUUUGUUGCUAUCACAGAUCACGCCGCUCUCACUUGGAGCAAGACUUACAAUAAUGUCAACAGAAGACUCAUGACAUGGGGCUUAGUAUUCUCAGCCUACCCAGGAAUGCAAAUUGUGCACCGCGCAGGAAGAGUACAUGACAAUGCAGAUCCUAUCUCAAGACUUAGGAGGAGAACCCCAUAUCAUACCAGCCCUCUGGCAGAUCAAUCAACUCCACUCAAGCUCAAUAUGGAGGAAGACCCAUUAAGAAACCUCUACAAGGAGAUAAAUGAACGUUUUGAAGAGAAACUUCUUAGAGUUGCAAGCGCAUUCACCCAGAGUUACAAAAUUGGAAAUAGCCAGAAGCCCAUCAAGAAGUGGAUACCCACACCGGCAGAAGCUAUAUCUUAUCAAACAACUACCUCAUACUCUGUGGAAAUAUCAAUAAACUCAGAAGAAAUCACAAGGUUCAUAGAAGCAUACAAGAAGGACUCCCAUUUCAAGCAAGUAAUGGAAGAAUUCAAGUUGCACCACAAUCCACUCAAUCCACCCUUCCAUCAAUACCAGAUAGGAGAUAAUGGAUUGAUCUACUUUAUAGAUUCCCAGGAAAAGUAUCGGCUAUGUGUACCUAGGGAUCUACAAGUAGAUAUUUUGAAAGAAAAUCAUGAUAACCUCAAUCAAGGAGCACAUGCCGGUUAUGCUAAGACAUAUCAUCGAAUUGCUUCUGUUUACUAUUGGCCUAAGAUGGCUAGAAGCAUUCAGAAGUAUGUACACACUUGUGAUAUCUGUCAGAAAGCAGGACAUCGACGGCAUGGACCCAGAGGAUUCCUUCAACCUUUACCUAUUCCACAGCAACCCUUUGAAGUAGUAUCAAUGGACUUCAUCAUGGAUCUUCCACCAAGUAACAACUACAACGCUAUCCUAGUUAUUGUGGACAAACUAACUAAGUAUGGACAUUUCAUCCCAUGUACUACUCAGAUAGAUGAAGUACAAACAGCGCAACUGUUCCAUGAUCACAUAUGGUGUCACUAUGGUUUACCUUGGCAAGUAAUCACUGAUAGAGAUGCUAGAUGGACAGGAGCCUUUUGGGGUCACUUAGUUAGUAUGUUAGGAAUUUGGCAAGCACUCACCACUGCACAUCAUCCUCAGAGUGAUGGACAAACAGAGAUACUUAAUCAAACUACAGAAGUGGCUAUUAGAGUAUUCACUAACCCAGCCAAGGACAAUUGGAGUAAGCUUCUAUCAGGAUUUGCGCACUCAUACAAUACAAGUGUGCAUACAUCCACACAACAGACACCAGCCUUCCUACUCCGCGGAUUCCAGCCUCUAACAUCAGCCAACUUACUGGCUCUCACUUCUGAGAACAUUCCAAGACCAGCCCAAGAAAGUCAAACAGCUGAAGAAUUCAAGGAAUCCAUGGAAUUAGCACGAUCACUAGCUAAGGACGCUCUCAAAGUAGCUCAGAAUUAUCAACAGAAAUACUAUAAUUCUGACAAGACACAUGUUACCUUUGAGCCAGGAGAUUUAGUCUUAAUCAAUCCCCAUUCCUUAAACUUACUCAAACAUCAGUCAGGGAAAGGGAAUAAGCUAAAUAUGCGUUAUGAAGGACCAUUUGAAGUUAUGGAAAGCAUAUCACCAGUAGCAUAUAGGAUAAGAUUACCUGCUAGCUAUCGCAUACACCCAAUCAUUAACAUAGCCCACUUGGAAUCUUACAAGGCAUCACCCCCAGAGUUUGGAAGCCGACCCACUCAGAAUAUACCUAGAGAAGACUUCCAACAGAUGCCUGAAUAUGAGGUGGAAAGGAUAGUAGAAGAAAGGACAAUAAAGAAAGGCAACAAGAGAAUCAGGCAGUACAAAAUCCGUUGGCUUGGGUACAGCUCAGAACAUGAUAGAUGGAGGACAGAGAAAGAAUUAAGGAAUGCUCCAGAAGUAAUCAAAGAAUGGAAGCAAACCUCUGGCUCCACUAUCCAUCCCAAUCACAAGAAGAAGAAGGAGUUCUAA